UUUCUAGAAGUUGUAUUACUUUGAUUAAAAAAGAACAGUGGGUGAAGGGAGCGUUUAUAAUAUUACAUAACGAGCAAAUGUAGUAAGACGGUGGGGAAAGUUUGUACCUGCUAAAUUAAGAGACGCUGCGACUGAGGAGAAUGUAGAUGUACGUUUUAGACUUCCACCGUUACGGUUUAUUAAAGCUUACAUUAUGUGCAAGAGUUAAUAACGGAUACAAGGGCUCCUUGCAUCUCCACAAUGGCAAAAAUACUUUAAAGUUUCAACUAACCUUUCCAGAAAAAAAGAAGCUCAUCGACAUACUUGAGGACAGUGUGGUGUCCUCAUCUCAGGAGUCUAUGGCACAGUUGCUGACAAGCAGUGAAGUACUUACCGCUGUUGGAGAGAAGGCUACUGAAGAGUUUGCCAGCACUUGUCUUGCUCCUGCUCAGUCUCUUUGGACCACUGAUGCUAGAAAAUCUGUGAAGCUGAGGAUUGACGAGGGAUGUCCAGAGGAACCUGUCACAGUCCACCAGAUGUUCAAAGCAUCGGCUGAAAAAUAUGGAAACCUGCAUGCACUUGCCAGCAAGAAGAACAACAAAUGGGAAAAGAUAACUUUCUCGGAGUAUUAUCAAUUCUGCAGGAAAGCAGCCAAGAGUUUUAUAAAGCUUGGUUUAGAGCGAUUCCACGGAGUGGCAAUACUGGGAUUCAAUUCGGCUGAAUGGUUCUUCUCUGCAGUUGGUGCCAUCUUGGCAGGAGGAAUAAUGACAGGAAUUUAUGCAACAAACUCACCAGAAGCUUGUCACUAUGUUGCCAGUGAUUCCAAAGCUAACAUUAUUGUGGUAGAGAACCAAAAGCAACUGGAUAAGAUAUUGCAGGUAAGGGAUAGACUACCCCAUUUGAAAGCCAUAGUGCAGUACAGUGGACAGCUACAACAGAUCUCAAAUCUCCACUCUUGGGAGGAGUUCCUGGAGCUGGGUCAGGAUAUUUCUGACAAACACCUGGAUGAUAUCAUCAGCAGUCAGAAAGCAAACCAGUGUUGCGUCCUCAUCUACACAUCUGGCACUACAGGCAUGCCAAAAGGGGUCAUGCUUAGUCAUGAUAAUAUCACUUGGACUGCCAAAUGUGCCAGUAGGGUUGGAGACAUGCAUCCAGCAGAUACUAAACAGGAGUCACUUGUGAGCUAUCUGCCUCUAAGCCACAUUGCUGCUCAGAUCUAUGAUCUGUGGACAGGCAUCCAGUGGGGGGAGCUGGUGUACUUUGCACAGCCAGAUGCCUUAAAGGGAAGCCUGGUAACUACUUUACGAGAAGUUUGUCCCACAUCCCACAUGGGUGUUCCACGGGUAUGGGAGAAAAUGAUGGAGAAGAUAAAGUUGGGAAUUAGUCAGUGUGGAUAUGUUAAAAGAAAACUGGUGUCGUGGGCAAUGUCAGUCAGCCUGGAAGCCAGUCAAAGGUGUAUGCUGAAGGAUGAUGAAAAACCCUUCCUCUUCUUCCUGGCUGACAUUCUGGUGCUGCAGAAGCUUCGUGCAGAGCUGGGCCUGUCUUAUUGUGAAAAGUUUUUCUCCGGAGCAGCACCAAUCGGAAGUGAAACUGUGCAGUUUUUCCUCAGCCUAAACAUUCGCUUGUAUGAAGCCUACGGCAUGAGCGAGUGCACAGGACCCCACUUCAUGUCAGGCCCUAACGCUUACAAACUACCAAGCUGUGGUAAAGUGGUGCCUGGCUGUCAAUACAAACUUGCCAAUGUGGACUCUGAAGGGAUUGGUGAAAUUUGCUUUUGGGGACGCAACAUUUUCAUGGGUUUCCUCAACAUGGAGGACAAAACAAGGGAAGCUUUGGAUGAAGAUGGAUGGCUGCAUUCUGGUGACUUGGGGAAAAUCGAUGAAGAGGGCUUCUUAUACAUAACAGGAAGGAUAAAAGAGUUGAUCAUCACAGCUGGAGGGGAGAACGUUGCUCCUGUUCCAAUAGAGGAAGCUAUAAAAAAGGAGCUUCCUAUCAUCAGCAAUGCCAUGCUGAUUGGUGAUAAGAGGAAGUUCUUGUCCAUGCUAUUAACUUUAAAGUGUUGUAGCAAUGCAGAAACCAUGGAGCCAACAGAGGAGCUGAGCAUGGAGGCCGUGGAGUUUUGCAGACAGCAAGGCAGCCAAGCAUGCAAAGUGUCUGACAUAACUGGAAGAAGAGACAAAGAGGUGUACGACGCAAUUCAAGAGGGAAUAGACAGAGUCAACUCUGUAGCCAUCUCUAAUGCCCAACGUAUACAAAAGUGGGCUAUUUUGGGGAAGGACUUUUCAGUUUCAGGAGGGGAACUGGGUCCCACAAUGAAGCUUCGCCGUCCUGUUGUCUUGAAGAUGUACCACGAGAUUAUAGAGAGCCUUUACAAAGAAGCAUCAUGUUCCUGAGGAAAUUAUUCUGUAACUGUUUGAAAUCACA